CGCUAUGCGCAUUUCAAUAUUUGGUUUUUUAUUUAAAGACAGACAGAAAUGAAGCUUAAGCAAAGCAACAAGCAACAAAGAUCUAAAAAUGAAUUAUCUACAACACAAGUUUUUAUUAGUUCUGUUUAAAUUUAAAUCGCUGCAAAAUUAUGAUCAAUCCCUAAUAAUAGUGUCAACCGUUUACUUGAAAAGUUUUGUAGUGAUCAGCUUAGCAAUUUUGCUAACAUUUGUUUUUUACUGGGUUUUUUGUGUACCCAUCAAUUGGACUAAGCAUAUGGAUAAUAUUACAGACUGGCAAGUAUUAUACACUAGCAAAAAUAUGCGUUGUAAAAGUAAACGAGCAGGAGUAAACCAGAUUAGAAAUUCACGGCUAAUUGGGGCAAAGGAAUUACCCCCUCCAUAUCCAAAUGGUUGGUAUGGGAUUCUUGAAUCAUCGAAACUUAAAGCUGGAGAAUCAACACAUAUAUCUUGUCUGGGAGAACAUCUUAUAAUCUAUCGAUCUCAAGGAAAUAAAAUUUAUAUUUUGGAUGCGUAUUGCCCUCACUUAGGAGCUAAUUUGGGCAUUGGCGGGCGAGUUGUUGGGGAUGAUAUCGAAUGUCCCUUUCAUCAAUGGAGUUUUAGAGGGAGUGACGGAGUGUGUACCAAUAUUCCGUAUAGUUCUUGUGUUCCGCAGGCUGCAAAAAUAAAGAAAUGGACCUCCACAGAAGUAAAUGGAUUUGUAUUUGUUUGGUAUAGUGUCGAAGGAUCAGAAAUUCCGUGGACUAUUCCAAAAUCAGUCGAAGUUGAAAGCAAAAAAUUGAUUUACCACGGGCGGAAUGAGUUUUAUGUACACUGUCAUAUUCAAGAGAUACCAGAAAAUGGUGCUGAUCUGGCACAUUUCGGAGCGAUUCACAAUGAUAAUAUUGUAGCUAAAUACCGCAAUCGAAUACAAAAUAUUCUUCGCUGGAUUGGAUAUCAUCAAUGGCAAGCAAGUUGGAGCCCAUUAGAAGACAAGCACAUAGCUGAAACAAGAUUGAAUCAUAUAUUCAAGUUAUUUGGAAAAAUUCAGUGCUUUUCAAUGGAUGUUAUCGGAAAACAGAUUGGACCCGCCUACGUUCAUCUCGUUUUGCACUCACCCACAUUUGGAAAUUUUCAAAUAUUUCAAACCAUUACUCCAGUAGAACCACUAUUACAAAAAGUAGUACACAGAUUUUACGCUUCCAGAUUAAUGGCACCAAUUAUGAAGUUUUUAAUUUUUGGAGAAACCGUUAUGUUUGAGCGGGAUUUGCAUAUAUGGAAUCAUAAAAUGUACCGGAAUAACCCUAUGCUUCUAAUGGAAGAAUCCUCCCUAAAAAAAUUUAGGAAAUGGUAUGCACAGUUCUACACGGUAAACAGUAAGCCAUUUCAAUUAGAAACCAAUAAAAAUUGGUAGUAAACAAAAAAACAAUAAUACCGA